CGGCGGCGCCCCGAGGGGGCCGGCAGACCGGGACUGAACCCCGCCGCAACGCUGUGUCCUCUGGCCUUUGUGCACCUUCGGAAAACGACUCUAUUAGUUUUUUCUACGUUUAUUUAUUUAGGGUUCAGUUUUUUUUAAUUUUUAGCGACUUUUUCCAGUUAAAGGUUUUUUUCGCCUCGCGAGGAGCAGGAGAGAGCGGAGCAUCUCCUCGUUCCGAGGCUCCGGGAGGGAACCUCGCUCCCAGGCUCCUGCCGACAAGGCGCGGCGAUCCCCACCGCCAAGGACAAAAGAGCGGCGACACCCCCCACCCCACCAUCACCAUGAGCAGCGCCGAGAUGGGCAAGUUCAACAUCUCCCCCGACGAGGACAGCAGCAGCUACAGCUCCAACAGCAACGACUUCAGCUACCCCUACCCCACCAAACCGGCUGCCAUGAAGAGCCACUAUGCGGAUAUUGAUCCAGAAAACCAAAAUUUUUUGCUUGACUCCAAUCUUGGAAAGAAGAAAUAUGAAACUCAGUAUCAUCCGGGUACUACUUCCUUUGGAAUGUCAGUAUUUAAUCUGAGCAAUGCUAUUGUGGGUAGUGGCAUCCUUGGUCUUUCUUAUGCCAUGGCUAACACUGGAAUUGCUCUUUUUGUGAUACUCCUGCUGUUUGUGUCAAUAGUUUCUUUGUAUUCAGUGCAUCUCCUUUUGAAGACUGCCAAUGAAGGAGGAUCUUUAUUGUAUGAACAGUUGGGAAUGAAAGCAUUUGGUAUGGCUGGAAAACUUGCUGCUUCUGGAUCAAUUACAAUGCAGAAUAUUGGAGCUAUGUCAAGCUACCUCUUCAUAGUGAAAUAUGAGUUACCAUUGGUCAUCAAGACAUUUAUGAACGUCGAAGAGACCACAGGAGAAUGGUAUCUCAAUGGUGACUAUUUAGUGCUGCUGGUGUCUGUCGUCCUCAUUCUUCCCCUGUCCUUACUGAAAAAUUUAGGUUAUUUGGGCUACACCAGCGGCUUUUCCUUACUUUGCAUGGUCUUUUUUCUGAUUGUUGUAAUUUGGAAGAUGUUUCAGAUUCCUUGUCCUAUGGACAGUGACAUCAUGAACGUGACAGCAAAUGUGACACUGCUGGCACCUUUGGUACAUGAAAACAUAACAAGCGAUGAUAUUUGCAAGCCAAAGUAUUUCAUCUUCAAUUCACAGACUGUCUACGCUGUCCCAAUCCUAACAUUUUCUUUUGUCUGCCAUCCUGCGAUUCUUCCUAUCUAUGAAGAACUGAAAAGCCGAAGCCGUAAAAGAAUGAUGAGUGUGUCUUAUGUAUCUUUUUUUGCCAUGUUCCUCAUGUAUUUAUUGGCUGCUCUCUUUGGAUACCUGACAUUUUAUGGAAAUGUCGAGCCAGAACUGCUUCAUACUUACUCUGCUUAUCUGGGUGAUGAUAUUCUUCUUCUUAUUGUGCGUCUCGCUGUACUUAUGGCUGUGACCCUUACUGUACCUGUAGUUAUUUUCCCAAUCCGCAGUUCCAUUACCCAGCUUUUGUGGGCAGGGAAGGAGUUUAGAUGGUGGCGUCACUGUUCCAUUACAGUUGCUCUUCUGGCGUUUACCAAUGUGCUUGUUAUCUUUGUCCCUACUAUCCGAGACAUCUUCGGAUUCAUUGGUGCAUCUGCAGCUGCCAUGCUGAUUUUUAUACUUCCUUCUGCCUUCUAUAUCAAAUUAGUGAAGAAGGAACCAAUGAAGUCAGUGCAAAAGAUUGGGGCUGCAUUCUUCUUUCUAAGUGGUAUACUUGUGAUGACUGGGUGUAUGACACUGAUUAUUCUAGACUGGACCCACAAUGUUCCAUCUGAUGGCCAUUAACUGUCCCGGUUUAAUCUUCAAUACUCCACUUCAAAUGCCAGUGUUCACUCAGAUACCUACUGAGAAUUAAAAUGAGCUACUCAGCUUCCUUUAAAAUGCAGAUUCUUUGCUGGUGGUUCUUCUGAUUGUAGAAUACCUGAACUCUGUCUUUAAGAAGCUAUUCUGCAUGAUGGAAGUGGAUAUUAACAUCAAACCACAUGAGUGUCUGGCUGAAGGAAGUGACAACUUUAUUCCAUUCCAGAGAAUGGACAGAACUCUCUGUAGACUUUUAUCAAGCCAUGUUUGGCUUUCAUCAUUGUUACUUGGAUAUUUUCUUAUUUUACUUGAAUGUGCCUAUAAUGGAACCAUUUGAUGUGAGAAAUAUCUUUUAUUUACAGCAAAGUGUUUAAAUAACCAAUGAGAGAGAGAGAGAGAGAAAAACACUAUUAUUUUUUGUACCAAAAAUUCUUAUGGACCUCAAAAGCACUAUUUUGACUUUAAGAAACAUUUUUCUAAAAAGAAUGAAAGAAUAACAUAGAAGAGCUCAUAAAAAUAUUUAAUCAGUGACCUAAAUUAAAUCUAGUUUGCCUUUCUUUAGAGGCAUAAUUAGAAGAAACUUUAUUUUAAAAUACACUUCUCAUGACCAAAACAGAAAAUGAACCAAUUCAAAUCAAAAUUCUUUAAUUAUAAAUGUUUCCCAUUAAGUUCACUUAAUUCAGAGUAGAGUGAAAAUAAUCCUGAAAUCAUUUGUUAGCUUACAGAAGUAAGUGCAGUUACCUUAAUUCCCAAAAAAGGUGUGGAAACCCAAAUUUUCAAGCUUUAAAAAAAACCCACCCUUUAGAACGGGUACAUUUAAAAAAAAUGUAGCUAAUUAGAAAAUGUAAACAUAUUGACAUUUCCCUUCUUGAGGUACUCAAUAGUGCAAUUGGGUAAAACAGGGUUUGGGGGUUUUGCUUUUUUGGUUUUGUUUUUUUCUGUUGUAGAUAUAAACUGAAUGGCACUGGAGCAUAUGAUGCCAUUGAUGUAAAACUCCCUUCUGGAGUUCUGUCUGUUAAUAAGGUCCAUUGUCAGUUGUAGCAAUGUUUGUUAUUUUUCUGUCCAAUCUAUCUUGAAACACUCUGUAGGAAAACAGAAAGGUCCUAAUGUAGUUUACUAGUUGUAUAAUAUUCAAGAAGUGUACAAUAUUUCUCAAAUUACUUAUCCAUUGAUGGAUUUUUUUUAAUUACUUGACUAUUCUGUUUCUGAGUCACAUCCACAAAAUAACUGCACCAGUAUUUCAUGCUUGGUACAAACUCUCUUCAUAUACUCAGCUGGGAUUCUUCUUCCAAUUUAUACUGUAUAGUAGUAUUAAAAAUAACCUCAUAGACUGGAUAGUCAUCUCAUACUUGUUUGCUUCAGAAAUAGGUAAAUCUCUUACGAGCCCUAGCUAGCUAGCUGAUGAGACAGGUGCUGUAUGAUUGUGAUUAGCUGUUUUGUUUCUAGUGCAUGUUUACUCUUUCAUUCUUAUCCCAGGUUGAAGAGAAAUAACACUUGUAUUACAGCAUACUUUGCUUAUUAGAGGUUCUCAAACACAACAAUAUUGGGUACAAAAGCCUAGAUAGAGAUUAUUAAUGAAAUAAUCAUGGCAAUGUGGUUGGCUGUCUUCAUCUGACACAACGCUUUAAAAACCUGAUUUACAAAGUUUCACUCCGUCAUUGUGUUGGGGUGAACAAGUAAGGGCCUGUAAUCCAUUGAUUGAAUGGUGCCUGAGACUUUUUUGCUCUUGUAGAAUUCAUCGGGAACAAAUCUAAAUGACAGUCACUGGCAGAUAAUGUCAAUCUCUGCCCAGCCAUUUAAAAACUAUGAAAAAAGAAAUUGCAGCUAUUUUGUAUUGAUACUCCUGCAUGACUGUAAGUACUGGUCACUAAGUCUGUAGUGUAAAACUGUAAUGAGAAGUUAAGAUUCCUCUUGUGUUGUUUGUAUUAUUAGUUUGGUGGUACUCAACUGGCAAUUAAUGAUCCUGGAGUCAGUCCUGAGUAACGCUCCUUAGGUACUUCCCUGCCUCAGGUACUUUACAUCCAUGGCUAACUAUCCCAUGCUACCUGGUCUCCAUAGAAGUGCUGAGCGUGAGCCUCCUCAGUACUUUGGCAGCUUUUCUUCUUCCUCUCCACAAAUGUAGAAAGGUGGAAGAAGAUUAAAAUGUUGUCCACCUUUGAGCAAUUUGUAGCACGUGAGGGGUGAAGCGCUUCUCUUGCCAGCCUUUAAAAAGAAAGGAAGUGAGAAAUGGCCUCCAUUUUCUCAGUAACCUUAAAGAGGAAGGAGGUGUAAAUGAGAAGUUACUACACAGUCCUUCUCAGCAGCCAGAGAGGAGGAAGACUUUCGUGAUGACACCUCAUAAUGUAAAUUAAUAUGUGUCACUUAAUUCUCUGAAUGUAGCAAUUUCCAGAUUUCACAUUAUGUACUAUAUUAUUUGAUGACUGGCUCUCGAUCUGCAACAGUUGAGUUCCACUUGGCUGGGUUGAUUUCUAACAUAUGAUUUAUUUUUUUUCCUAAACCUAUCUGCUUAGUUACCUACAUGCAAACCACCUAAAAGAGCAGCUUCAGUAUUAAACCACUGUUUUGUCACCUCGGUUGGACAUUACUGUCUUCCAUGAUAUUUCAGUCAUAAAUGUAACAUGUUAUUUAUAAAACAUUAAUCCAUUAAAACUAAACCUAUUUUUCAAUAUUUAUGAUAGUCUAUGUACAUAAAUUGUAUGUGUGUAUAUACUGUAAGUACAAUGUAUAUAAUGUAGCUUUGAAAUCUAGGAUUUAUGUAUAUAUUCCUCUCUCAUUAUGGAUUGUUACAUCAUUUCAAGGAGUUGUUCAUGUUGUACAUCUGUGUAACAACUGUCAAAGGAAAGGAUCAUCUGCAACGAAAUGUAACGUUUACCAAAAUGGAAGAAAUGUGUUACUCCUGAGGUGUAGAAGGAAACACUGAGACUGUAUUUAUUAAUGUAUAUGUUGCAAUAAACGCAGAAGUCACUUGGGUCCAUAAAAAGCAUUGUUCAGGUUCAUGUAUACUUUUCCUCUAAAAUUUACCAUGGAUGUUACGAUUUCCUGAACUUGACAACUUUAAUGAUCUAACAUACUUGUUAGGCCACCGAAUUCAGGCAUCCUACGGUACAUCCGUGUACAUAUGUAAAUACCCACUGUAUUGUUAGAGGCCAACACUAGUUGCAGUUGUUGGCAGGGAGUGCAACACAGUUUCAAUGAAACAUUGUAUGUUUGUUUUAACUGAAAUAAAUAAAUAGAUAAUCCUAA